UUUGGAUAAACACAGUCUUGCGUCAUUGUUAUUGUGGUGGUUGAAGCUCCAGCUGCUUAUUGAUAUUUCGCCACCAUUUCGCCAAUGCUAAGGCCCCUAAAACUGUGAAACUGCAAAAUUACACCAUACAAUGUCGCUUCAGAAGGACUUGCCAUCUGACGAGAGUUUGCAAGGUUCCUGGGUUGAGCUGCACUUCAGUGGGAAUGGCUCGCAAGCUCGAGGGAGCCAGGAACAAAUCCCUACGUCCAGCCAGGAGGGCGACCUGGAGAAAAUGCUGCUAGAAGCCCAACAUGAGUCAGGCAGGAACAGCUCUAGAGGAAGCUCCCAAUGCAACAGCCCACUCAGAUCACAGACCCCACUUCUUCUGUGGAGAGGCUCAGAGGGAAACAGCUCACAGUCUGAUGAAGACUUCCAAGAGAGGAGGCGGGAAGUAGAAAACCUGAUGAAGAAAAAUGCUGACUGGAUCUGGGACUGGUCCAGUAGACCUGAGAACAAUCCACCAAAGGAGUUCCUGCUGAAGUACCCUAAGCGCUCAGCCUCUCUCAGCAUAAGGAACACCAGCGUCAUGAAGAAGGGAGGCAUUCUCUCAGCUGACUUUCUGAAGCUUUUCCUUCCUUCAUUAAUCAUUUCUCACAUACUUGCUGUUGGCUUAGGGAUAUAUAUUGGGAAGCGCCUAACUUCCCACAACACCUACUAAAGAGGUGGUAUCCUUCAUAUGACCAGCUCAGCAUGCCUUAAAAUGGGACCCACUGAAGAUCAACAGAGAUGUGGCCAAAUGAAUAUGGUCCAAUUUUGACUGAGUGCUCCACACCAGCGUGGAGAGUUCAGGAUCUGUCAUUGCUGUUUUGUGGUGUUAACCUCUAAAAACAAUAGUGUCCAAUCCUCCUCUCCUUGCUGUAGCCCCUGACCUGAAGAUAACUGUUCUGCUUAUUGCUGCUCCUUAAAACUGCAUGUUAGGGAACUGAUAUGUUGUUCUACGUUGCCUUUUUUGAAUGAAAUCAUGUUUAAGAUUGUAUUAUUUUUUAGGUCAGUGAUGGAACAAGGGAAUUGUGAGCAUCCAUGGGAUCAUUAGCUUAGAUAUUAAGUGCUUUGAUGAAUUGCAACUGUAAAUCAGCUUUUAGCUUGGUUAGUACAGAUGUGGUCCAUUCGUUGAUGGGGAAACAUGCAUGGCCCUGAUUUAUUAGUUUGUCAUUUGGGGAAAUCAUGAAAUGGAUCAUAUAACAAAGAAAAACAAAACAUGCAGAUGAACACAAUUAAAAUUUUAUUGAACUUUGGUCAAAAUAAUAAACAAGUGAAUACAUUGCCACCAUGUUAGGAAUCAAUGGACAAAGACAAUGCAUUAUUAUGUGUGUUUUAACGUCAUCAGUAUAUGUUUUGUGUAGUCAACCUUCAUUUCUGCAUUCACAACUAGAGAUAAGAUCCACAUUUCCAAUAUGCGGCUCUAAUUUGGGUGACAUCCCUAAUAAAUGAAUAAGGGCACA